CAAAAACACUCGCCGCUCGCGAUAACUCGGCUACAGAAAUCUUGCAAACCUCUCGCUUGCGUCUCUCCGUUUCAUUGAAUCCCAGCAACUGCGAACUGCCAACAUGCGGCGAUUGGAACUCGGCCUCGAAGAGGACUUUGACAACACUGGCGAUGGUCAGCUCAGGGUCCCCGGGUUCGGAUACGAUUAUUGUUUCGAGCUGGACUACAUGUUCCCCAAGAAUCAAGACAGAUUCCGCCAUGGUGCCAACGACUUCAAGCAGUGGCCUCGCUUGACCGCCAGAGAAGUCGCUAUGAUGGGAGUCAUGAACGUCCUGACAGACAAGAAAGACUGGCAUGAGAAAGUCUUUGACGAUGUGAUCGUUGCCAGGUGGAAAGAGGAGGCUCGCAGCGUCCCCCUUAUCAGCGACAUGGCGUGGGAGUGGUGUCUGACUGAGCUUCGGGACAAGGCCCGGCGAUUUGAGCACACUGGUCGAGUCCUUGUCUUCGAUGCUGGCUCAAGAAUCUCCAAGUCUGACCAGCGAGUCACGGAGACUCUCAGGCAAGAAUUGAAGGAUGCCGUCAGACCACUGCUGGAACGACCUGAUUCCGAAAGAGACUGGCAUCCGGGCUCAGAUGGCAAGGUGCUCAAUCUCGUACACCCGUCUCUUUUCCCUUUAGUCUACGGGAGGACAAAGGUUCUGGUCAAUGGGGGUAAAGUACCUCUCGACUUCUCCAGUGCUGGCUCAUAUAAAGAGGCAGAAACCGCUUCAGAUAACCAACAGCCCCCGCCGAGUCGCGGUGGUCGCUGGUGUCAACCGAUCGAGGAAAUGUGGUCCAGGAAAUUCCAAUGGCUUCCUUGCGAAGUUGAGUUCACCGAAAGCACUGGAACGGAUGUUGAGAUCACGUCGUACAUCAACAAUCUUCAUCCCACAUAUCAUGCUGCAGUGUAUGCAGCCAUUGAGAAAAUCAUUCCGCUUGCAAUUGCACCUUGGAACGAAGUGCUUGUUCACGGAUCUCGUGGACGGACACCACCACGCAUACGAACAUACGGCGCCCAAUUCACACCAGAAUUGCCCGAAUGGCAACGAGGUCUUUAUUUGAUUGAAUUUAAUCGAGAAUCUAACCCGGAGGCUUACGCACUAGCCCGAGAAAAAGUGUUGGAUUACGUUAGCCAGCCCGUCAGCGCUGAUCAAUCCGCGAGGGAAGUAGACAAGGUCAAACAUCCAAUGUAUGAGCCAGAAAACAUCAUGGAAAAAGGCGGGCUUGGGCCAGCAGUGAGACUCUUCUAUGAACGGAAUCUUCGAAAGGUCGUCCACCCUGAGCCAGGGGUUUCUUUCUCCUAUGAUCAAUGGAAGGCGGGGCUUACUGGAAAAGGGGUUGUCGAGAAAAGACGGCCUCCUUUUGAGUGGAACGGGAUCAGUUACGGUGAAAAUUCACAUCACUCACUUGACGAUCAUGACUACUACUCGCUUCGUAUCCAGGACGACUUCCGUGACGAAGGACUCCAAGUCAUCAUCAAACUCUCCAGCAUCGAGCUGACACCGGAAAAGCCAAAAUACGACGGAGGCAAUUGGCACAUUGAGGGCCUAUUGAACGAGCAUAUUGCAGCUACGGCUCUCUACUACUAUGACGUCGAUAACGUAACAGAGUCAAGAAUAUCAUUCCGUACCGAAGCAAGCUUUGAUAACGCGGAUAUGAUAUAUGAGCAGGAUGACCAUGCCCCUUUGGUCGAGAUAUUCGGCAUCGCUUCAGGCAGUCUCCGACAAGAACCGCCAUACCAAAACCUCGGCUCCGUGUCCACGCCACAGGGCCGCUUGCUGGCUUUCCCCAACACGCUCCAGCACAAGGUCGAGCCGUUCGAGCUGAUCGAUAAGAAGAGACCAGGCCAUCGGCGAUUCCUCGUCCUGUGGCUGGUGGAUCCGCAUUACCGCAUCUGUUCGACGCGAAAUGUGCCGCCACAGCAGGAGUCGUGGUGGGAUGGGGUCGGAACCAAGCCACAGUGUGACCCUGGUGCUCCGGUGACGACAACCCCGGGUGAGAAGAUCCCCGAAGGUCUAAUGUCACUGAAGGAGGCAAAGGAGUUGAGGUUGGAGCUCAUGGCAGAGAGAACGAAAAGGGUAAAGGACAUGGAAAGUGCGGCAGAGAAUUAUAAUUUCUGCGAGCACUGAGUUCCCCGGGUUGUUUCAUUUCAACGAAGAUUCUGUUGGGCUUUUCUUUUAUCUUCGUCUGGCUGGUGUAUUGGCAUUUCCUACAGAGGGUGAGCCUAGCCCAACGCAGUGACAAUCGCGAAUACUACCUAGGUAGCCUUCUGGAGCUUGACAAAUCUUUGCCAAGGCCUCGCUGCGCUGCAACCUACCUAGGUACCUAGGUACAAUUCGUAACGGGAUAUUUAGGUAGCUUCGUUGCUGAUCCCUAUAUCUAUAAAACGCG